AACUGAAAAAAUCCUCCACCGUUCCUUAUCUCUUCAACUACUACAGUAUUCAUCAAUUAUGUAUAAAUAUGACAACAUUUUCAUCUUCAUAUAUCAUCAUAUAUGUGAACACCAUUUCAACAUUCAAACUACAUAUAGUAAUCAAAUUAGACACUACACAUAGUAUAUAAUAUACUUCUAUUCAUCUAUAGAUCACAUUGUUUGCAUAUUCUUAGUGGUGUCACAACACCAAUGAUAUUUCAGAGAGUAAUGGAGGCAUUUGAUGCUGAUGUGGCACUAGCACGUGGGAAGCGCUGCAGUGAGAGCAGCGGAAGCGAGCACUCACCUGAGAGUUCAACUGAUUUGUCUGAUCUCGUGUUGUCUUUUAUGGAAGACAACGAGAGAUCGGAGAAAAAAGAUGAUGUUUUUCAUCGCGGAGAUCGCGAUGAAGAAGAUGUUGAAAAAAUUGGUGAAUGGUGUGAUGACGAGAAAAAUGAAAUGUUGAAGGAGUUGUUUGGUGAGAAUGAAGAUGUUGAUGAGGACGAAAGAGAUGCUAAAGAAAUUAUUAGGAAGGAAGUUGAGGUUGCAAUCGGAGAAUUUAUUGGAAGUGAUUCGAUUGUUGAUGGAUUCAAACGCUGGUUGAUGUCUCAGUUAAGGGAUAAAGGUUUUGAUGCUGGGUUGUGCAAAACCAAAUGGGAGAAAAAGGGAAAAUUAACUGCCGGUGACUAUGAGUACAUUGAUAUCAAUAUGUCUGGAAAACGUUACGUAAUUGAAGUUUCACUAGCUGCUGAAUUCAAAAUAGCUCGUCCAACAAAUCAAUAUUCAUCCUUGCUAAAUAUUUUUCCAAGAAUUUAUGUUGGUAAAAUGGAAGAACUCAAAAGAAUUGUGAGAUUAAUGUGCUCUGCAAUUAAAGGGUCUAUGAAAAAAAUGGACCUACACAUACCACCAUGGAGAAGAAAUUUGUACAUGCAAACAAAGUGGUUUAGUUCUUACAAAAGAACAACUAAUGCAGUUGCAACUAAAAAUGCAACAUCUUCACAUUUUUCAGCUGAGUCAUUUUUUCCUGAAAAAUUUAUGGGGUUUGAAGCAAGGCAUGUGAAAGCAUAUAAUUGUAGGGAUGAUUAUGUUGGGAUUAAUAAUGGGUUUAGAAUUGGGAACUUGACUGCUGCAUUAAAUUCUGAUAACUUUGGAUUGUGAUCAUAGUUCUUUUUAUUUGUUCUAUUUUGUAUAGAAGUGUUUUUGAUGAGUGGUAGUGUUAGGUGCUUAGCAUAGAGAAGGGCACAAAAUGUGCUAGAGAACAAAUUUCUCUAAGCAUAGCUAUGAUAUAAUUUUUGCAGGCAAUUAAGGUUCAUUGUUAGCAAUUGAUUAUUUUGUUUGUUUAAAAUAAGUAUUGUGAAAUACUGAAAUAUAUUGUAAACGUAGGAUUGUUUCCUUGGCAAGGAUCAAUAGAGACUUCAUGCAUAAAUAAAAUAUCCAGAUGUUACCUAUUUAUUUUUCAAA